GAUGUUUGGUGAUCAAUGCUCCAAAGAAUUGGAUUAAUAUUUUUACAGAAUAUUGUUGUAGUCGGUAACUAUUUCUAUUUCCAGGCAUUUUUAGAUGAAUUCACUAAAUGGUCAAGAGGAAAUCCUGACAAGGACAGGAUUCUCAUGGCUGGAGAUGGCCAAGGAAUCUUCAAGACUGUCUCCAACCCUGGGUUCACAGCAUAUGAAAUGAAAAUUGGUGCAGUUACUUUCCAGAUUGCUACUGGAGAUAUUACCAAAGAAAAGGCAGAUGUGAUUGUAAACUCAACAACAAGGACAUUUAAUCUGAAAUCAGGGGUGUCAAAAGCAGUUUUGGAAGGUGCCGGACCAGCUGUGGAAAGUGAAUGUACUGUACAAGCUGUACAGCCUCACAGAGAUUUUAUAAUUACACAAGGUGGAUACUUAAUGUGCAAGAUAAUAAUUCAUGUUCUUGGGGGAAAUGAUGUCAGAAAAACGGUUUCCACUGUUCUGGAAGAGUGUGAGCAGAGGAAGUACACUUCUGUUUCCUUUCCAGCCAUCGGAACAGGCAACGCCAGAAAAAACCCAGUCAUAGUUGCUGAUGACAUGAUCAGUGCUAUUGUAGACUUCGCCUGGAAACAUUCCACCCCAUCAUUAAAAAAAGUUAAAGUUGUCAUCUUUCUGUCUGAACUGCUAAAUGUAUUCUAUGACAACAUGAAAAAGAGAGAAAAUUCUGCAUCACCCGUCUUUCAGUCCACAUUCUUCGAGACUGCAUAUAAUAUUCCUGAACACUGGACUGACAUGAAUCAGCAGCUGUCCUGUGUGAUCGAACUACAACCCGGACAGUCAGAAUACGACACCGUAAAGGACAAGUUCUCUGAGACUUGUCUUUCCUACAAAAUAGAGAAGAUAGAGAGGAUACAGAAUAUAUGGCUCUGGAAGAGCUACCAGAUAAAGAAAAAGCAUAUGGACAUCAAGAAUGGCCAUACAGAUAAUGAGAGAGUCCUAUAUCAUGGGACAGCUGCAGACUCAGUGCCAUAUGUCAAUCAGCAUGGCUUCAAUCGCAGUUAUGCUGGGAAGAAUGCUGCAGCCUAUGGAAAGGGAACUUAUUUUGCUAUUGAUGCCAGUUAUUCUGCUAAUGAUAAGUACUCCAGACCAGACAGCAAUGGGAGAAAGCAUAUUUAUGUUGUGCGAGUACUUACAGGAGUCUACACACUUGGAUAUGCAGGAUUAAUUACCCCUCCAUCAAAGAACCCUCACAAUCCCACAGAUCUGUUUGACUCUGUCACAGACAAUGUACAACAUCCAAGACUAUUUGUGGUGUUCUCUGAUAAUCAGGCUUACCCAGAAUAUCUCAUAACUUUUAGGUGUUGAAAGAUAGGGGUUGUUUUUUUUUUAAUCUCAAAGAGAUGAUUUAGUCGUCUAUUCAUAAAAACAAUUUAUAGGGGUUUUGUCUUUGCCUUUGGCCUGUUUUUAUAGAUAAAAAUCUGUCAGGUGCUAAAAUGCUGAAAACAGCCUUUUAAAAAUGCUCUAUUGAAAUUUGUAGCAUACCUCUCUUCAGAGCACGUUGAUGGGUGGAAGCUAAGAAAUGUAGAUGACACAAUUAUAGCUACAGCUAUUUACAGAUAGCAAGUCUGUAGGAAAACAAAGAGCACAUUACUUUUUUCUAGCAGAGAAGACUUAAGAUGAAUCACUUUAAAACCAAGCUGUUGUCCUUACAGAACAUGUUAAGACAUCAAACUGUGUUGAGCUCAACUGUACUAUUAAAUGAAUAGGCUGCUGUUGUGCAUCUGUAAUAACUGUGAAUUUUGCCUCCUUAAGAG